AUGCCUAUUUAUUAUCAAUCACCUUCUCGAAAAGUCAAUGGAUUUUCUAUUGAUAACAUUAUUAAAAAUGAUGAUCUAUCAAAUACUUCCAAUCGAUUAUCAUCAUCACCAUCCUAUGUUCCUUCGAUUCCAUGGCUACCACCAUUAACGAAUACUUAUCAAUUUCAACGUGAAUCCAUGCUUCAAUAUCUUCGACAUAUUAAUCAAUUUACUCAUUCAGGAAUGGCAGCUGCAUUUCUUUUUAAUUCAUAUCGUAAACCUAAACGUAAUCGUACUGCUUUUACACCAUCUCAAUUACUUAAAUUAGAAAAUGCAUUUGAAAAAAAUCAUUAUAUUGUUGGACAAGAACGUAAAGAUUUAGCAAGACAUCUAAAUUUACCUGAAGCUAGAGUUAAAGUAUGGUAUCAAAAUCGUCGUACUAAACAUAAACGUUUAAUUAAUGAAGAUGAAAAUAGUUGUACAAAUGAAAUUGAUCAUCAAAAUGAAUCAGAUAUAUCAAAUUCAAUAGUUAAACACGAUGAAGAUGAUGAAGAUACAUGGAAUAACGAAGAAAAUGAUUAUGAUUUAGAUGUUACUCAUGAACAAGAUAAAACUUGUUCGGACUAA